AUGUGGCAGCUCUCGGCGUCGUCGUGGGAUGCGGACCUGGCAUGGAUCUCCCAGCUGCUUCCCUGGGUGGCACUUUUCUUUCUGUGUUGGUUCCUCUACUAUAUUGCCAACCCUACGAAUGACAUCGUUCCAGAAGGUCGCAUGCCGACCUUGGACGAGUGGUUGCAGAAGAAAGCUCCCAAUCUUGCGGGUAGCUGGGGCGGCCGGGCUCCACCCCCACGCGAGGACAUCCUGCAAGCUCGUAACAAAGUCGUGGCAGAGGCACAGUGUCCCGUAAUCAUUGCACGUGUCAGCUCCGCUCUGUGUGCUGUUGACCUAGCAGACCUAGUAGACCUAGCACUGGCAAGGGACAAGGAGAUUUACUGUUGCUCGGCACUGGCACAUGCAACUUGCAUGGCUGCUGUGGUGCCGGCCGAUGUUUCUUCCGUACAUGUCGAGACUGACAGUGGGCCUUGCCCGUGCUGCUCUCUUCCGCUCCGGCUUCGGGCCUUGCUCGCCUCGAACGGCACCUGGACAUCCUUCCGAACUUUGGCGUUUUGGGGCAUAGUAAACCACGCGCUCACGCUGGCUGUUGCGGCCCUGGAGUUCGAUUCAGUCUGGCUUGGUCUGGUUGUGGCUACGAUGGGAGGCAAGUUGACGCUUGCCCUGUGGAUGCUGGUCAUCGUCGGGAGGAGGCCGCUAGCGGACCUCGCCAUGGAGGCCGAGCGAUGCAAGCAACUUCGAGAGAUGCAUGCUCUUAUGGCCUUUGCCUGCUUCCUCAACGGCCUCACAUUGAUCUGCAUGGCGAUCCUGCAGUUGACCGAGCCGGAGCUGCUGACCCUGGGGUUGGUUCUCAGGCGUAUUUUCCAGCCGCUGCUCCUGAUAGUCUUAGAGGCCUUGAUCGCCACCUGUGCUUUCCAUGGUCGACGCUGCGCUGCCGAGCGCUUGCGGCUGGUGCAGCGGUGGGAGUUCACGCAUAUCCAGUCCGUACAUCAGAUCAAUACGGCCUCGGUGGCGAUGGAGAAGAAAUUCACGGCGGACGUGGAGUGGUACUUCUUGAUGCACAUGACCACGUCCAAGUUCGAGCAGGGUCAACUGAAGCCUCUGACACCAGCACUCCGGGACUCGCCAGCGCCUGGGGCAGUCCCGCAGGAAGAGACUGACAAGCCAGAGCCUGCAGAAAUCGCCGCGGCAGAGGGGCACGAGCAGGAAGAGGCUCCAGCUCCGCAGCAGCGGGCAGAAACGCUUACCUGCUCGAUUUGUCUGGAAGGUUUCGAAGAAGGUGAUGAGGUAUCUCAACCUCGCUGCGUUCACUUCUUCCACCGCUCCUGCCUGGAGAAUUGGGUACAAGCUCUCAGCAAGGAGCAUGUUACGUCGGCGAAGAGGAAACGGGAACAGGUGCUGUGUCCAAUGCGCUGUGACAGUGCCAAGGCACCUUUGGUUGACUUCGUUUGUAGAGUCUUCAUUUCCUGGCUUCGGAAGGUGGUGCUAAACUUGUGA